AUGCCGCGAGCGCACGACCUCUCACGUCCGCGCGGGCCGCGGACCCCCCGCGCGCACCAUGUCCUCCUGUUUCUCGCGCUAGCGCUCGCUUCUAUCCGCGGCGCGCGCGCCGCGGUUUUGUCCGGGGCGGACACGUUAACCCACACCGCAUCCAGCGGCAACAUAAAUCUCGCGGUGUCCUCGGACAAGGGCGUGACCGUGAGCGUCGGCGGGAGCACGAUAUCGACGACGUCUACGUCCGGCGUCGACGUCACGGGCACGCUCUCAUCCUCCGCGGCGCUGUCCACGCAGAGCACGCUCGCGGUCCAGACGACGUCCACGUUCACGGGGCAGAGCACAUUCAAGGACAACAUCGUGCUCGAGAAGGCGGCGACGACGAUAACGCACACGGCGGCUUCGCCCGCGUCCCUGGUCAUCUCGUCGACUAACGGGUACGUCCAGGUCGAGACGGUACAGUUCUCCGCCGCGAACAUCGGCGUCUCCGGCGCGACGAACCUCGUGGCGCUCGCCAGCGGUGGGGUCACGGUCACCGGGACUCUGGUGUCCGGCGCUGCGACGCUCGCGAGCGCGAGCGUGACCGGGGCGCUCUCCGCGGGCGCGACGACCAUCAAUGGCGCGACUGGCAUCACGGGGGCGACGACCAUCACGGGCGCGACGGUCAUGAAGGGCGACGUCACGGUGAAGAAGUCCGACGGAUCGGCGACGGUGCUGACGGUCGCCGGCGCGAGCGGGAACACGGUGGUUCACGGCCUACUCUCCGUCGCGGGCGCGCACGCGGACACGUCGAAGAAACUGUACGUGAACGGAGACGUGCACGCGACCGGAAGCAUCACCGCCGCGUCGUCUUCUCAGGGCGCGACGACCAUCACCGGCGCGACGAGCGCGCAGGGCGACUUCACCGUGAAAGCGUCCGACGGCUCGGAGAAGUUUAAAAUCACCGCCGCGAGCGGGAACACGGUGGUUCAGGGCCUACUCUCCGUCGCGGGCGCGCACGCGGACACGUCGAAGAAACUGUACGUGAACGGGGACAUAUACGCGACUGGGAGCACGACGUCCGCGUCGGACGAGCGGUUCAAGCGCGACGUGCGCGCGUUGGACGAAACGCUGGACGCGUUGAGAGAAGAGGACGUGCGCCCCGUGACGUUCAACUUCGACGCCGAGGCGCACCCGACGAAGGUUUUCCCAGAGGGGCCGCAGAUUGGGUUCAUCGCGCAAGAGCUCGAGCGCGUGUUGCCGAAUUUAGUGCACACGGGCGCGGACGGGUUUAAGUCCGUGGCGUACGAUCGCGUCAGCGUGUACGCGCUCGCGGGGGUGAAGGAGCUCGCGGCGGCCGUGAGGGCGCUCUCGGAGACGGCGAGAGAGCAACGCGAGGCGAUCGACGCGCUGAGGCGGGAGCUCGACGCGAGGCGAUGAGGACGCUCGCGGGGUGCGCGUAUUUAUGUAUGUGUUAGAUUAGCGGAGACCAGCGGAGGGCGAGAGGACGUAGGACUUCUUAGCGGCGAUUGUGUAUCAUAACUUAUUGAACG